AAAGAAGCCUCUCUCUCUUAACCUCUCGUUUCACCCGUCACACCAUUAUCUCUUACACUGUUACUCUCUUCUCUCUCUCUCCUCCUGCAUCUUGCAAUCAUCCUUUGUCAUGUCCGAUUCAUACGAGCCUUACCAUGUUCUCCAACAUAGCCGACGCGAUAAACUUCGGAUUCCUUCUCUCGACUCCCACUUCCACUUUCACCAUCCUCCUCCUCCUCCUUCUUCUUCCGGCGGCGGCGGCGGCGUGUUUCCUACCGCCGACUCUGAUUUCCUCGCUGCCGGUGGAUUUCAUUCAAACAAUACCAAUAACCCUAGUUACAGUAACUUCAUGGGAUUUCUCGGUGGGCCAUCUUCCUCUUCAUCCACCGCCGUCGCCGUCGCUGGAGAUCAUUCCUUCAACGCCGGACUUUCUUCUGGCGACGUUCUUGUCUUCAGACCCGAGCCUCUAUCUCUCUCUUUGUCAUCUCACCCUAGACCUACUUACGAUCUCGUCGUUCCCGGCGUUGUUAACUCCGGAUUCUAUAGAUCCGCCGCUGAAGCCUCUGCUGCCGCCGUCACCGUCGCGUCCAGAAGCUCUGGUCCUCUCGGGCCGUUCACUGGCUACGCAUCGGUUCUGAAAGGAUCAAGAUUCUUGAAACCAGCUCAGAUGCUUCUUGAUGAUUUUUGUAGUGCGAUUUACACCGAACAAAUCAUCGACGACGACGACGACGAAGAUUCCUCUUUGCUUUUUGACCCAACGGUUGAUAAUAUCUGCGGCGUAGGAGAAGAUGGCAAGAGAAAAUCAAAACUCAUUUCCUUGCUUGACGAGGUUUACAAGAGGUAUAAGCAGUACUAUGAGCAGCUUCAAGCUGUGAUGGGGUCAUUCGAAUGCGUUGCAGGUCUCGGGCACGCAGCUCCUUAUGCGAGUUUAACAUUAAAGGUAUUGACUAAGCAUUUCAAAUGUUUGAAGAAUGCUAUAACAGACCAGCUUCAGUUUAGCACCAAUAGCAAGAUACAACAACAACAACGUGGUCAUGUGAUGAACUCUGAGAAUAAGACCGACUCUUUGGGGUUUGGAGGAAGUGAUAGUAGUAGGGGCCUGCGUUCUGCUGGUAAAAGACAUGGAUUCCCUGAUCACCAUGCUCAUGUAUGGAGACCACACCGUGGCCUACCCGAACGCGCUGUCACUGUUCUAAGGGCUUGGCUCUUCGAUCAUUUCUUGCAUCCUUAUCCAACUGAUACAGACAAACUGAUGUUGGCUAAACAGACAGGUCUCUCCAGGAAUCAGGUAUCGAACUGGUUCAUAAACGCACGAGUUAGGGUUUGGAAACCGAUGGUGGAAGAGAUUCAUAUGCUGGAGACUCGACAAUCUCAGAAAUCUUCUUCUUCUUCUUGGAGAGACGAACGUAGCACCAACACUGCCUUCCCCGAUAACAACAACAACCCUUCUUCCUCCACGGCUCAACAAAUAGCUAACAACAACUCUUCUCCCGUUAGACGGGUGCGAAGCGAUGCCGUUCAUGCCACCACCAACAACAAUGACAGUCACUUUAUGAACGCUGGAAACGGUGGAGGGGGCGGCGCGGUUAGCUUCUCCUACGGUAUUGCGUCAUCGAAUGUCCUGGGGAUGAAUACUAGCACAAAUGGAGGAGUGUCGUUGACGUUAGGGCUUCAUCAUCAGAUUGGGUUGCCGGAGCCUUUCCCAAUGACAACUGCUCAGAGGUUUGGACUUGACGGUGGCAGUAGUGGCGCCGGUGGUGGUGGUGGGUAUGAAGGGCAUGAUCGUCAAUUUGGGAGAGAUUUUAUUGGCGGUAGUAAUCAUCAGUUUCUACAUGACUUCGUAGGAUGAUAUCAUUUCAUUUGUGUGGGAAGGAAAAAAAUAUGUUCGACGUUUGACAAUGUCUUUGAGAUAUGGAAAAUGGUAAUGCAUGUGAUGUGUAUAUUAGAAUGCUUUUAAAAUUUCUUCUUUUGACGAAUCUAUAAUAGAAAUGAAACCGAAUUCCAUAGAAA